UGUAGAGACAGCUAUAGUGCAGAAAUGUCAGUAAGGACUCGUUUGGCCUGCCAGUCUGGCCGUUUCGUCUCAAAAGGAUAUACUCCCUCUGCGCGCCAAUUCUCAACGCAUGGUCAGUGGUGCUCGCAAUCAGAUUCUGCCUCAUCCAUUGCAGCUUCAUUUCUUUCUCGGUUUAAUUCCUUGGGUCCUCAGACUCGCACUCAGGUCAUUGAUUCCAACCAACUCCAACUUUUGUCCCUCACCCUCAACCGGCCGACUCUAUACCCCAACUCACCAGUUCUCACCAAUGCAUCGGCGUCAUUGCAGCAAGGUACUCCCCUGCCUGCUGGAUACCAUUUGGUUUAUUUCACUCCGGCUUUCUUGGAGAGUGAAUUAGGAGCCGAUGGCACCGAUGUCUCGUACAACCCCGAGACACCGUUUACUCGGCGUAUGUGGGCUGGCGGCGAAGUACAAUGGCCACGCGGUCCAGACGGAAUGCCUAAUCCGUUGAGGGUAGGCCAAGAGAUCCAGGAAACGACGAGGGUCCUGAGUGCGGAACCUAAAAUUGUCCGCAGAACUGGGGAGGAGAUGAUUGUCGUAGGGGUGGAGAAGGAGUUUCGAAAUGAGCAUGGCGUCGCUGUGGUGGAUAGAAGGAACUGGGUCUUUCGCAAAGCCCUCGCAUCGUCAUCAUCAUCGGUAUCAACGAAUCUGCCAGAUCCGAUCACACCCUCUGGGCCGGCCUUCUCGAAGACUUCGACAACAGGCAACGUCCACACACGGACAAUGAAGCAAACGUCCGUCACUCUGUUCCGGUUUUCAGCGCUGACGUUCAACCCACAUAAAAUUCAUUAUUCACUUCCUUGGGCUCGCGACGUAGAGGGCCACAGGGAUGUUGUCGUCCAUGGCCCGUUGAACCUCAUCAACAUUCUAGAUCUGUGGCGCGACACAAGGGCUUCAACGCUCGCCAGCGAAGCUCCCGAGCUCAUACUUCCCCAGAGUAUCUCCUAUCGGGCGACGAGCCCUUUGUAUGCUGAAGAGGAAUAUCGGAUUGUCCUUGAGGAUGAGAAUAGUAUUGCCAAGGUGCAAGUCAUUGGUCCCGAUGGAAUGACAGUGGCUAUGAAGGCGGAGAUCAAGAGCUAGAAUGACAAUCGUAUCAAUUGCCCGGUGAUUAUCUGCGAUACAGAGGCUAGUACUGGUCAAGGAUCGCUUAUAUUCCAGUGGGUGGCACUAGAGGUGACUUGAUCCAGGAACGGCUGAGCUUUGGCGCGAGCUUAAGCAGACGGAGGGUCAUGUCCCUGAGUACCUCUCGAAGUCUUACAGGUUAGCGCACUGAGCACUCCAGGUAUCCUACUUAUUGGUGCUCAUGAAAUAUCAGGCACUAGGUCACUUUGAGUGAUCGUU